UAACCAAUCAGAGCGGGCGGGAGGCGGGGCUACUACUUCAGCAUUCAUUCUCCAAAGUCACACGUGAUCCGCUGUAGUUCCAGGCGGUUUGGGUCCAUCAGAGAGCGGAGGGACUAUGGAGCUGAAGGUGCGGCUGUGUGUGCUGCUGCUAGCACUGAGCGUGUGCGUGACGCUAAAGGUGCGGGCUCAGGAAGACGACGAAGAUGACGACGUGCACGUGGAAGACAACCUGGAAAACAUGGGAGAUGAAGAGCUGCUGGACGGAGAGGAAGAGGUUGACCAUGAGGAGGAAGAGAAGCCGACGACCAAGCCAGCAGCACCUACCGUGACGUAUAAAGCUCCGGAGCCGAAGGGAGAGCACUUCUUUGCUGAGUCAUUCGAUAAAGGAACACUGGAGGGGUGGGUUUUAUCCCAGGCAAAGAAGGACGGCAUCGAUGAGGAAAUCGCCAAGUAUGAUGGUAAAUGGGAGGUUGAGGAGAUGAAAGACACAAAGCUGCCAGGCGAUAAAGGUCUUGUACUGAAGUCCAGAGCCAAACAUCAUGCCAUCUCUGCUCUGCUACUGCGACCUUUCACCUUCGACACCAAACCCCUCAUUGUCCAGUAUGAGGUGAACUUCCAGAAUGGAAUCGAUUGUGGCGGCGCCUACGUCAAGCUGCUCUCCCAGAGCGCAGACCUCAACCUGGAUGAGUUUGUGGAUAAGACCCCAUACACCAUCAUGUUCGGACCGGAUAAGUGUGGCGAGGACUAUAAGCUCCACUUCAUCUUCCGUCACAAGAACCCCAAAACGGGCGAGUACGAGGAAAAACACGCCAAAAAGCCUGAUUCAGACCUCCGCACAUACUACACAGACAAGAAGACCCACCUGUACACACUGGUGUUAAACCCAGACAACAGCUUUGAGAUACUUAUUGACGAGACGGUGGUGAACAGCGGAAGUCUGCUGAAUGAUAUGACCCCUGCAGUUAACCCUCCCGCUGAGAUCGAAGAUCCCGAUGACCACAAGCCUGAGGACUGGGACGAGAGGCCCAAGAUCCAGGACCCAGAUGCAGUCAAGCCUGAGGACUGGGAUGAGGAUGCUCCAGCAAAGAUCAAUGAUGAAGAUGCAGUGAAACCUGAUGGCUGGCUGGACGAUGAGCCUGAGUAUAUCGGUGACCCUGAUGCCAUCAAACCAGAGGACUGGGAUGAGGAUAUGGACGGUGAGUGGGAGGCGCCCCAGAUCGCUAACCCCGCCUGUGAGUCCGCCCCAGGCUGUGGAAAAUGGGAGAGGCCUAUGAUUGACAACCCCAACUACAAGGGCAAGUGGAAGCCACCAAUGAUCGACAACCCCAACUAUCAGGGAGUGUGGAAGCCCAGGAAGAUCCCCAAUCCUGACUACUUUGAGGAUCUGCAUCCGUUCCGCAUGACGCCCGUCAGUGCUGUGGGUCUGGAGCUCUGGUCCAUGUCCUCAGACAUCUUUUUCGACAACUUCUUCAUCACGUCGGACCGCAGCGUUGCUGAUAAGUGGGCAGAGGACGGCUGGGGCCUGAAGAAAGCCGCAGAGGGAGCAGCUGAGCCCGGUCUCGUUAAUCAGAUGAUGUCCGCAGCAGAAGAGAGACCCUGGCUCUGGGUGGUCUACGUCCUGACCGUGGCUCUCCCCGUUGUCCUUAUCUUCGUCUUCUGCUGCACUGGCAAGAAGAAGCCAGCGACCUCUGCUGCUGAGUACAAGAAGACUGACGAGCCUCAGCCUGAUGUGAAGGAGGAAGAAGAAGAGGAAGAGGAAGAAGAGGAAGAAGAAGAGGCCAGGGAUGAAGAGCCAGAGAAGAAAGCUGAUGCAGAGGAAAGCCCUGCAGAAGCAGCUGCACCAGAGGAAGAGGAAGCAGAGAAACAGGAAGACAAAUCAGAAGAGAAACAAGAGGAUGAUGUUCUGAGGAGAUCCCCGAGAAGCAAAAUGAGAGCUAGGAAGGACUGAUGGACUUUUGCUGCAUCUGCUCAACCGCAGCCCUUCUUCUGAGUCUCCCUUGUCCCCGACUCCCUCCUUCCCUCCCUUGGUCUCUCCUUUUACCCUUGUUCUGUCCUCCUCUGGUCUUCUGCUCCAUCCUCACACAAGUGACUACGGAGAGAAAGAAACAAAAUGGUCCAAUGAAAGAAAUAUCACCACUUCGGACUGGUGUGAGGAGGAGGAUGAUGAUGACGACGAUGAUGAUGAUGAUGAUGAUCACAACCAUAAAUAGAGUAGAGUUUUUUGUUUUACUAAAAUUAAAAAGGAAGAAAGAUGAUCAUUCCUUAAAUGUGCUGAUGCUAAUGUAAAUCCCCCUCUUUAUCCUUUUCCCAGCUGUCUCACACACACACACACACACAUACACACACACACACACACACACACACCUGCUGGCCGCCAGCUGGCAUCUUGCUACUCCUCUUGCUAGUGUAAUUCAAAGAACACGUCAGAACGUGGCCACACUACAGCACCGUGCUUCAGGCUCGGAUUUUAAGCAGACAGGCUCAUAAAUCUGAAUGUGUAUAAGGAGAAAUCAGAAGUUGCUCUGAUCUCCUUCUGGAAAUGUAGAUGGGACGGAAGGUUGAUGGGAUCCAUCUGUCAUCAGUUCUGUGCUCGGCACCAUCUACUUGGUUUUAAGAAAUUCUUCCUUGAAGCCCACAUGCCAUUUUUACACUCAUUCCACAAAGAUCUCGUAUUAUUUUUAAACAUUUCUCCUCAUGAUAUUGGGAACCCCUUGUACUUGCACUGUGGGGUGUCCACAGAGAGCACCUGUUAGGCUUUAGGUUUUAGCACACUGCCUUAUUUGUAGAAUGUGGUUAGCUCAUUUAUUUUUGUGAAUGUACUGUGAGUUUUUUUUUUUUUCUUUUCAUUCUACUUGUUUGUUGCUAAUAUCUCGUUAUGUUUUUGCCAGAAUUGACUUUGUACUAAAUCAUGAGUUUUAAUCCUUUUUUUUUUUUUUUUUUUUUUUUUUUUUUUUUUUUUUUUUUGUUAAGUUUGAACUUGUAAAGCAGUGAAUUUCUUUUUGAGGCAGGCGGACAAACACAACGCAACAGGGCUGACCAGUUUGAGAUGACUAAGAGAGGCUGAAAUCUGAGAGUAUUUCCAUGCUGUUGACCAGGAUAUGAAAAAUCGGGCAGUAAGGCUCGUGUCCUUGGCUGUGGUGAAUCAUAAGUGUAUUUGAGCCACCUCUUUCAUUUUCCAAUUGGAGCCCCAAGUCAGCCAUCGAACCAUUUCUGACGAGUGACUCAACGCGCCUCACUUCCUGUGACAUCAUCCUAUCUGAGCAGCAGUAGCAGCAGCAAAGCAAAUGCUGCUUUUUUUGUAUUAUUUUUUAAAAUAACAUUUUCAUUAUGUACAGUAGAAGAUUCUGAGGCAGUUUUGCAUUUUUCUUCAUUUUUAAUUGUUGCCAUUUUGCUACAAAAAUGUGUAAAGCAAGCUGUCAGAGUUGUUCUCUCAAAAGUUUAACCCCAAAGACAUGAAAAUGGCACUAAAAUGGCACAACCUGGAGUGCACUACUUCAGAGUUGCCUAAAGACUCCAUGAAAUUUUGAUUUUACUCAAGUUGCUGACCUCCACCGUCCACUCACCAUCCAAAACGGUGGAGGACGUUGCUGCAAUUGUAGUUCUGUCCCAAGCUUACAAAGAGCUGGCACUUUCUAAAGUAACGGAGUCUACCAUUCAAGUUCAUAACUGCUAAUAUAAUGCUGCACUGCUGCUAUUCUAACAUCUCUCUGAACUAGCAUCCUCUCUAGCCAUUAGUUCCUGCGUCUUGUUUUGUCCAAUAGCUUUUUUUUUUUUUUUUUUUUUUUUCCUUAAAAACUAUUUCACAUACAUUGUAUUGGCCUAACAUGGAUAAAUGUGCAUAUGUGAAGAAUGAUGGAAUGAUUAUCCUUGGUAGCAUAGUGAGAUUAAGAUCCUCAUGUGAUUGACUAUGUAUAUUUCAGGGAAUGGUGUGGAGGUAGGGCUGGGGGGAGGGAGGGGGUUCAAAAUCCAUCAUGUUACUUACAAAACUAAAAUAAAUGGAUUCUAUGAAAGACGUAUGUCUUUUCAAUCUA